AUGGUAGGACAACAGUAUUCUAGUGCCCCAUUGCGCACAGUGAAAGAAGUCCAAUUUGGUCUUUUUUCGCCCGAAGAAGUUAGAGCAAUCAGUGUGGCCAAAAUAAGAUUUCCAGAGACAAUGGAUGAAACCCAAACGAGAGCCAAAAUUGGUGGGUUGAAUGACCCCAGAUUAGGCUCUAUCGAUCGUAACUUGAAGUGUCAAACUUGUCAAGAGGGUAUGAAUGAAUGUCCCGGUCAUUUCGGUCACAUCGAUCUAGCUAAACCUGUUUUUCAUGUUGGGUUUAUUGCCAAAAUCAAGAAGGUUUGUGAAUGUGUCUGCAUGCACUGUGGUAAACUACUACUUGAUGAACAUAAUGAACUAAUGAGACAGGCCUUGGCGAUCAAGGACACCAAGAAAAGAUUUGGUGCAAUCUGGACUUUAUGUAAGACUAAGAUGGUUUGCGAAACAGACGUCCCUUCAGAAAACGACCCUACUCAGCUUGUUUCGAGAGGCGGUUGUGGUAACACUCAGCCUACCGUUCGUAAGGAUGGGUUGAAGCUGGUUGGUAGCUGGAAAAAAGAUAGAGCCACAGGAGAUGCCGAUGAACCAGAAUUAAGAGUUUUAAGCACAGAAGAAAUCUUAAAUAUAUUCAAACAUAUCUCUGCAAAAGACUCCUCCAGUUUAGGGUUCAACGAAGUCUUUUCUCGUCCAGAAUGGAUGAUUUUAACAUGUCUUCCUGUUCCGCCACCACCAGUUCGACCAUCCAUUUCCUUUAAUGAAUCUCAAAGAGGUGAGGAUGAUUUAACAUUUAAACUGGCUGAUAUUUUGAAGGCAAAUAUUAGUUUGGAAACUCUAGAACAUAACGGUGCUCCACAUCAUGCUAUUGAAGAAGCAGAAAGUUUACUACAAUUUCAUGUGGCCACUUAUAUGGAUAAUGAUAUUGCUGGCCAACCACAAGCUUUACAAAAAUCCGGUCGUCCUGUCAAAUCUAUUCGUGCUCGUUUAAAGGGUAAAGAAGGUCGUAUUAGAGGUAACCUUAUGGGUAAGCGUGUAGAUUUUUCAGCGAGGACAGUCAUUUCUGGUGAUCCUAAUUUGGAACUAGACCAAGUCGGUGUUCCAAAAUCCAUCGCGAAGACCUUGACGUACCCAGAAGUGGUUACUCCUUAUAACAUAGACCGUCUGACACAGCUUGUCCGUAAUGGGCCAAAUGAGCAUCCUGGUGCAAAGUAUGUUAUCCGUGAUAGCGGAGACCGUAUAGAUUUAAGAUACAGUAAAAGAGCUGGUGACAUCCAGCUACAGUACGGUUGGAAAGUGGAGCGUCAUAUCAUGGAUAAUGAUCCAGUUCUUUUCAACCGUCAACCUUCGCUUCAUAAAAUGUCUAUGAUGGCUCACAGAGUGAAAGUUAUUCCAUAUUCUACAUUCAGAUUGAAUUUGUCCGUCACUUCUCCAUAUAAUGCCGAUUUUGAUGGUGAUGAAAUGAAUCUUCACGUUCCUCAAUCUGAGGAGACAAGAGCGGAGCUGUCCCAAUUAUGCGCUGUUCCCUUACAAAUCGUGUCACCUCAAUCUAACAAACCUUGUAUGGGUAUUGUGCAAGAUACGCUAUGUGGUAUUCGUAAACUAACAUUAAGAGAUACAUUUAUAGAAUUUGAUCAAGUUUUGAAUAUGCUAUAUUGGGUUCCGGAUUGGGAUGGUGUUAUUCCUACACCUGCAAUUAUCAAACCGAAACCUUUAUGGUCAGGUAAACAGAUCAUGUCUGUAGCCAUUCCAAAUGGUAUCCAUUUACAACGUUUUGAUGAAGGUACAACGUUACUUUCUCCAAAGGAUAACGGUAUGCUUAUCAUUGAUGGCCAAAUCGUUUUUGGUGUUGUUGAAAAGAAGACUGUUGGAUCUUCCAAUGGUGGUCUAAUCCACGUUGUUACAAGGGAAAAGGGACCACAAGUAUGCGCCAAACUAUUUGGUAAUAUACAGAAAGUUGUUAACUUUUGGUUGUUACACAAUGGGUUUUCAACGGGUAUUGGAGAUACCAUCGCUGAUGGACCAACAAUGAGAGAAAUCACAGAAACGAUUGCAGAGGCCAAGAAGAAGGUUUUUGAUGUUACGAAAGAAGCUCAGGCAAACUUAUUAACGGCUAAACAUGGUAUGACUCUUCGUGAAUCCUUUGAAGACAAUGUUGUUCGUUUCUUAAAUGAAGCAAGAGACAAAGCCGGUCGUUUAGCUGAAGUCAAUUUGAAAGAUUUGAACAAUGUGAAACAAAUGGUUAUGGCAGGUUCCAAGGGUUCAUUUAUUAAUAUCGCACAAAUGUCAGCUUGUGUAGGGCAGCAAUCUGUUGAAGGUAAACGUAUUGCCUAUGGGUUCGUUGAUCGUACCUUACCACAUUUCUCUAAAGAUGAUUAUUCUCCAGAGUCCAAGGGUUUUGUUGAAAACUCUUAUUUAAGAGGUUUAACCCCACAAGAGUUUUUCUUCCAUGCAAUGGGUGGUCGUGAAGGUCUUAUCGAUACUGCUGUUAAAACAGCUGAAACAGGUUAUAUUCAACGUCGUUUAGUCAAAGCUCUAGAAGAUAUCAUGGUUCAUUACGACAACACCACAAGAAACUCUUUGGGUAACGUUAUUCAAUUUAUCUAUGGUGAAGAUGGUAUGGAUGCCUCACAUAUAGAAAAACAAUCACUGGAUACAAUCGGUGGGUCAGAUGUCGCUUUUGAAAAGAGAUACAGAAUUGAUUUAUUGAACCCAGACCACAUCCUGGAUCCUUCAUUACUGGAAUCUGGGUCUGAAAUUCUUGGUGAUUUGAAACUUCAAGUUUUAUUGGACGAAGAGUACAAGCAAUUAGUCAAAGACCGUAGCUUUUUAAGACAUAUAUUUGUUGAUGGUGAAGCAAACUGGCCAUUGCCCGUCAACAUAAGGCGUAUUAUCCAGAAUGCUCAACAAACUUUCCACAUUGACCAUACCAAACCAUCUGACUUAACGAUUAAAGAUAUUGUUAUUGGCGUGAAAGAUUUACAAGAGAACUUACUAGUGUUACGUGGUAAAAACGAAAUCAUACAAAAUGCCCAACAGGACGCAGUUACUUUGUUCUGCUGCUUGUUACGUUCUCGUCUGGCUUCUCGUAGAGUCAUACAGGAAUACAAACUAACAAAGCAGGCUUUCGAAUGGGUGUUAAGUAAUAUCGAAGCACAAUUUCUCCGUUCUGUUGUUCAUCCUGGUGAAAUGGUUGGUGUUCUUGCAGCUCAAUCUAUCGGUGAGCCAGCUACACAAAUGACACUGAAUACUUUCCAUUUCGCCGGUGUGGCUUCCAAGAAAGUCACUUCCGGUGUUCCGCGUUUAAAGGAAAUUUUAAACGUGGCCAAGAACAUGAAAACUCCUUCCUUAACUGUUUACCUUGAGCCUGGUCACGCUGCUGAUCAAGAAAAAGCAAAGUUUAUUAGAUCUGCUAUUGAACAUACUACUUUGAAGAGUGUUACGAUUGCUUCAGAAAUCUAUUAUGAUCCUGAUCCACGCUCCACAGUUAUUCCAGAAGAUGAAGAAAUCAUUCAACUUCAUUUCUCUCUGCUGGAUGAUGAAGCCGAACAAUCCUUCGACCAACAAUCACCUUGGUUACUACGUCUAGAAUUAGAUCGUGCGGCAAUGAACGAUAAAGACUUAACUAUGGGACAAGUAGGUGAGAGAAUCAAACAAACUUUCAAAAACGAUUUGUUUGUUAUCUGGUCUGAAGAUAAUGAUGAGAAAUUGAUCAUUCGUUGUCGUGUGGUUCGUCCGAAAUCACUAGAUGCCGAGACCGAAGCAGAAGAAGAUCAUAUGCUUAAGAAAAUUGAGAAUACUAUGUUAGAAAACAUUACAUUACGUGGUGUUGAAAAUAUUGAGCGUGUUGUUAUGAUGAAGUAUGAUCGUAAAGUGCCAAGUCCAACAGGUGAAUAUAUUAAGGAACCUGAAUGGGUAUUAGAAACAGACGGUGUCAACUUAUCUGAAGUCAUGACUGUUCCUGGUAUAGACCCAACUAGAAUAUACACCAACUCCUUUAUUGAUAUUAUGGAAGUUUUGGGUAUUGAAGCUGGUCGUGCGGCUUUGUAUAAAGAAGUCUACAACGUUAUUGCAUCUGAUGGUUCUUAUGUUAACUACCGUCACAUGGCCUUAUUGGUUGAUGUUAUGACUACCCAGGGUGGUUUAACUUCUGUUACUCGUCAUGGUUUCAAUAGAUCUAAUACCGGUGCCUUGAUGAGAUGUUCAUUCGAAGAAACCGUCGAAAUUCUGUUUGAAGCCGGUGCCUCUGCCGAAUUAGAUGAUUGUCGUGGUGUUUCCGAAAAUGUUAUUCUCGGUCAAAUGGCUCCAAUCGGUACUGGUGCGUUUGAUGUCAUGAUUGAUGAAGAAUCAUUGGUUAAAUACAUGCCAGAGCAGAAGAUUACUGAGAUCGAAGAUGGCCAAGAUGGUGGCGCUACUCCAUAUAGCAAUGAAAGUGGUUUAGUUAAUGCUGAUCUUGACGUUAAGGAUGAAUUAAUGUUUUCCCCUCUAGUCGAUUCGGGUUCGAACGAUGCUAUGGCAGGAGGAUUUACAGCUUACGGUGGUGCGGACUACGGUGAAGCCACAUCUCCGUUUGGAGCUUAUGGUGAAGCACCUACAUCCCCUGGAUUCGGAGUCUCUUCACCAGGAUUCUCCCCAACCUCUCCAACAUAUUCCCCCACCUCUCCAGCAUACUCUCCCACAUCGCCAUCGUACUCGCCUACAUCUCCAUCGUACUCGCCAACAUCACCAUCAUAUUCACCAACAUCACCAUCGUAUUCGCCAACAUCGCCAUCAUAUUCACCAACAUCACCAUCUUACUCACCAACAUCACCAUCCUACUCYCCUACAUCACCAAGUUACAGCCCAACAUCUCCGUCUUAUUCUCCUACAUCUCCAUCAUACUCUCCUACAUCUCCAAGUUAUAGCCCAACAUCUCCAAGCUAUAGCCCUACAUCCCCAGCUUAUUCCCCAACCUCACCAAGUUAUAGUCCUACUUCACCUUCAUACUCACCAACAUCACCAUCAUAUUCACCAACAUCGCCUUCCUACUCCCCUACUUCUCCUAACUAUAGCCCUACUUCACCUUCUUAUUCCCCAACAUCUCCAGGCUACAGCCCAGGAUCUCCUGCAUAUUCUCCAAAGCAAGACGAACAAAAGCAUAAUGAAAAUGAAAAUUCCAAAUGA